AUGAAGAGCCUUCUACUUUUAUUUUUGUUUUUUAUAACAUUUUCUUCUGCAUUUCCUGUAGAUCGACUGAUGGAAAAUGAAGAAGACAUGCAACUGGCUCAGGCAUAUCUCAACCAGUUCUACUCUCUUGAAAUAGAAGGGAGUCAUCUUGUUCAAAGCAAGAACAGGAGUCUCAUUGAUGGCAAACUUCAAGAAAUGCAAGCAUUUUUUGGAUUGAAAGUGACUGGAAAACUGGACUCAAACACUCUCGAGAUCAUGAAGACACCCAGGUGUGGCGUGCCUGACGUGGGUCAGUAUGGCUACACUCUUCCUGGGUGGAGAAAACACAACCUCACAUACAGAUUGAUGAACUACACUCCGGAUAUGGCACGAGCUGAUGUGGAUGAGGCUAUCCAAGAUGCUUUACAAGUGUGGAGCAAGGUUACUCCACUAACAUUCACCAAGAUUUCCAAGGGGAUUGCAGACAUCAUGAUUGCCUUUAGGACUCGAGUCCAUGGUCGGUGUCCUCGUUAUUUUGAUGGUCCCUUGGGAGUCCUCGGCCAUGCCUUUCCUCCUGGUCUGGGUCUGGGUGGUGACACUCACUUCGACGAGGAUGAAAACUGGACCAAGGGUGCAGAAGGAUUCAACUUGUUUCUUGUGGCUGCUCAUGAAUUUGGUCAUUCACUGGGGCUCUCUCACUCCAACGAUCAAACAGCCUUGAUGUUUCCAAAUUAUAUCUCACUGGAUCCUAGCAAAUACCCACUUUCUCAGGAUGAUAUCAGUGGAAUCCAAUCCAUCUAUGGUCGGCCUAAGGUACCUGCUAAACCAAAGAAACCCACUGUACCCCAUGCCUGUGACCCUGACUUGACUUUUGAUGCUGUCACCACUUACCGCAGAGAAGUAAUGUUCUUUAAAGGCAGGCACCUCUGGAGGAUCUAUUAUGAUAUCACUGAUGUUGAAUUUGAAUUAAUAGCUUCCUUCUGGCCAUCUCUGCCAGCCGAUCUUCAAGCUGCAUAUGAGAACCCCAAAGAUAAGAUUCUGGUUUUUAAAGGAGAAAACUUCUGGAUGAUCAGAGGGUAUGCUGUCUUGCCAGAUUAUCCCAAAUCCAUUCACACGCUUGGCUUUCCAAGCAGUGUGAAGAAAAUAGAUGCAGCUGUCUGUGACCAAAACACAAGAAAAACUUACUUCUUUGUGGGAAUUUGGUGCUGGAGGUAUGACGAGAUGACCCAAACCAUGGAGAAAGGGUUCCCACAGAGGGUGAUAAAACACUUCCCAGGAAUCGGUCUCCGUGUUGACGCUGCUUUCCAGUAUAAAGGAUUCUUCUAUUUCUCCCGUGGAUCAAAGCAAUUUGAAUACGAUGUUAAGGCAAAGAACAUUACCCGAAUCAUGAGAACCAAUACUUGGUUUCAGUGUAAAGAACCACUAAACUCAUCAUUUGAUUUUGGUGUCAACAAGGAAAAAGUACAUUCAGGAGGAGUGGAGAUAUUGUACCAUAAGAGUUUAAGCUUGUUUAUUUUCAUUAUUAUUCAUCUGCUAAAAAAUAUUUAUAGUUAUCAAUAA